AUGGGCAAAAAGCGGAUCUUGGUCAGCUAUGGAGUGGAUAUCGACGCCGUCGCGGGCUGGUUGGGAUCUUAUGGUGGAGAAGACAGCUCCAAUGAUAUCAGUCGUGGCCUCUUCGCCGGCCACAUCGGCACGACGCGUUUGCUGAAGAUGUUCGAGAAAUACAACAUCAAAGCAACAUGGUUCAUCCCAGGCCACUCUCUCGAGACCUUCCCAGAGGAAUGCGCGAAGGUCCGCGACGCAGGGCACGAGAUCGGCCUGCACGGCUACAGCCACGAGAACCCCACAGACAUGACCAUCGAGCAACAGCGGGAUAUCCUAGACAAGACGUACCACAUGCUGACGGACUUCUGCGGCAAACCGCCGCGGGGGACCGUCGCGCCGUGGUGGGAGACGAGCGAAGAGAUGGCGGACAUUUUGCUCUCGUACGGCAUUGAAUACGACCAUUCUAUGUCUCACCAUGAUUGUCAGAUGUAUUGGCUGCGCACGGGAGACUCGUGGACGAAGAUCGAUUACAAGCAGAAGGCGGAGACUUGGAUGAAGCCGUUGGUUCGGGGCCAGGAUACUGGUCUGGUGGAGAUCCCUGGGAACUGGUAUAUCGAUGACUUGCCGCCGAUGAUGUUCAUCAAGAAGUCGGCUAACAGCCAUGGAUGGGUGAACCCGAGGGAUGUUGAGGAUAUCUGGAAGGAUCAUUUUGACUACUUUUACCGAGAGUAUGACGAGUUCGUCUUCCCCAUGACCAUCCACCCGGACGUGUCGGGUCGUCCCCAUGUCAUCCUCAUGCAUGAAAGAAUUAUCGAACAUAUCAAUAAACACGAAGGCGUCGAAUGGGUGACUUUCGAGCAAAUGUGCGACGAGUUUAAGAGCAAGAAUACCCCGCCUGCCGGUGCUAAGAUGCCUGCGGUUCCGGGCGCAAAGAAGUAA